AAUAACUGCUUCUUCCCAACAUAUCAGCAAUCAACAACAGACAGGAAACUCCACUCGGAGAUCAUCUGUGACCAGUCCAAAACGGCCUGCUCCAGUUCGAGCAUCUAAUUGUCACAGUCAUGGUCAGGACUCCCGGGCUAAAUGUGAUACAUAAUUUCCUAGCUUUUUUACAGUGAUUGUAUCUUGUAUCCAUUAGUGUGUGUACGAUAUCGACUCGUCCAAUAUAAGGGCAUGCGCAUUAUGUAGCAGAAAGCUAGCUAGCUACGCAUAAAAGCCGUCGCAGAACGAUGCAGAAACUACUUGGCCAGUUCAAUAUCUCUGUUCAAGCUGAGAUGGGUUAUAGUGUACAGGAUAACCUCCUCAGAGUCCUUCUCUGCUGCUGCCUGCGGCUGCUUCGGCCAUCGCUUGGCAUGCCGACGGUGCAGACCCUCGGCGAAAUUACUAUGAGACGGAUAAACUGGACGAGAGAGGGCGUUUCUGGCUACACGCCAAGUGAGCCGUUGUACGUGGUGUUGCACGAUAUCCUGAAGUUUCAGUGCGAAGAACAGAGUUCCGAUUUUGUAUACUUACUGCGGGGAGAUGCAUACAAAAACGUCAGUGGUGCUUGCAGUUCAUCAGGGAUUGUGGAAGAAUCGACCUUGAGCUCUCUGUGCAGACCACCGCCCAUCGCCGACUGCAGACAGACCCAACCAGAGAAGACAGUUGACGGAGCAAAUGAAACUGCCCAUUCUUGCUACGUUGCGAGCUUCAUUCCUGGCAUGUCGUACUACCUGGCAAGUUUCCCAUCUAGUGGAGAUACAAGUCGAUGUCUGUUUGCUUUGCCAUUGAAAGUGUGUCCACUGUAUGAUUCAGGUUAGUCUUCAGUGACUGUAUCCAUAUACAUAGGGACUAUUUUUACUUACAUCAUUUCCUCCAUUAAAGCGGAAUUGUAGUAAUAGGGUCUUUUCCCAAAACUCUACAACUUGUGGUUUCUGCCAUUUAAGCCUUAUACUGUAUAUACUGGGAUCUCCGUGGGUAUUUCCCUCAUUGCUUACUAUAAUAAAACCAUGGUGUUGUUGCAGUGAAAUCAUUGUUGUUUUAACACACGGGCACACACACACACACACACACACCUCAGACUGUCCUCCGUCAGGGACCCCUUCUACUCCAUCCCCCUCACCCUCAAUUACAACCUUCAUUUCCUCGACACUGCCCCCGACCACUGGCCUCUCUCCUGGAAGUGGUAGUGGAUUUCUAUCUUCUGCUCCAGCCCCCACCACCUCCUCCCUCCCCACUCCUUCGUUGGUCCCAACUCCCACCACCACCACUGACUCUGCCUCGGGUGUUCAUUCUAUGCUGACAAUAGCUGUGUGUUUCUUCUCUCUACUACUAGUCUCUCUCUUUAGUCAAUAGUGUGUUCUUACUAGUCAAAUUUCAUAUCACUUUUUAAACCCUGUUCUCAUUUGUAAUUAUGAUAUCAUGGAAUGCAUAAUUCAUAAUGAUUGUUGGGCAUGCAGUUAGCUAUUGGGCAUACGAGCGACCUGUUCUUGCAUUAUGCUGAUUUGUACUUUAGCAGUAAGGCACUUAACAGACG